AUGGGAGCCGUAGCCGAGCUCACAACUCCUGCCUCGACGGCCCAUAUUCUCUUCGUCACCUUCACCGGGCAGGGCCACCUCAACCCGUUCCUCCGCUUCGCGAAGAGCGUCGCCGCAAAGGGGGCCGACGUGACCUUCUCCUCCGUCGCCGACGCCGGCAGCCGGAUCCGGGAGGCGACCAAGUCGUCCCCCGCCGCCGCCGCCGCCGCUGACGGGACCUUCAUCCCCUUCGGCGCCGGCCGCAUACGCUUCGAGUUCUUCUCCGACGGGUGGGAGGUCGGCGACCCGCGGCGCUACGACCUCGACCUUUACAUGCCCCAGCUGAGAGACGUGGGAUCCAAGGAGGUGGCCGCCCUCAUCCGUCGUCAGGCCGAUCUCGGCCGGCCCGUCGCCUGCGUCGUCGGCAACCCGUUCAUCCCCUGGGUGCUCGGCGUCGCCGCCGGCAUGGGCAUUCCCCGGGCAGUACUCUGGGUCCAGUCCGCCGCCGUCUUCUCCGCCUACUACCACUACCAAAAGGGCCUCGCCGAAUUCCCCUCGGACGCCGGGCAAGACGUCUCCAUGGUGCUCCCGGGGGUCCCCACCCUGCGACGGCACGAGGUGCCCUCGUUCCUCCUCCCCGGCAACCCCUACCCCUCCCUCACCGUCUCCAUCUUGAACCAGUUCUCGAAUAUCCAAGAGGCCGACUGGGUCUUCCUCAACACCUUCGAGGAGAUCGAGAGCGCUUCCAUCGAGGGCAUCUCUCAGUACCUCCCGGUCAUCCCAGUGGGCCCGCUGGUGGACUUGCCCGUCACCGAAGCCGUGCGGGGGGACCUGUGGAAGGCGGCCGACUGUGUGGGCUGGCUCGACGAGCAGGAACCGGGCUCGGUGGUGUACGCCUCCGUGGGCAGCGUCGUCGUCCUCUCGGCGGAGGUGGUGGUGGAGCUGGCCGAGGGCCUGCGGGGCAGCGGGCAGCCGUUCCUCUGGGUGGUCAGGAAUGACGCGAGGGCCAUGCUGCCGGAGGGCUUCGAGGAGGAGGUUGCAGGGAGGGGGCUGGUGGUGCAGUGGAGUCCGCAGGAGACCGUCCUCCGCCACCCCUCCACCGCCUGCUUCCUCACGCACUGCGGCUGGAACUCCACUCUCGAGUCUCUUACAUCAGGCGUGCCCGCCAUAGCUUUCCCCCAGUGGGGAGACCAGGUCACGGACGCCAAGUUCCUCGUGGAGAUCUUCGAGAUGGGGGUCCAUCUGCGACCCCAGCCCGAGCUCCCGUCGUUCACCAGAGAGGACGUCCAGCGGGCCGUAGAGGAGGUUGUUAGGGGCCCGAGGGCGGAGAAGAUGCGGGCCAACGCCGCCAGGCUGAAGGAGCUGGCCAAUGGGGCGGUGGCCCAAGGGGGUUCCUCCGACCGCAACAUACAGUUCUUCAUGGAAGAGGUCAGACGUCGGGGAGGUCCUUCUGCCGGGAGGAUGACGGUGCACGCCCCCGAGGGAGUCAGAGUUGAGACGAUCAACCCCCUUCUCGCCAAAACCUCCGUCUCCUAG